AUGGGCCACAACGAUGUAAGUGCGCCUGUGCUCGUGCGGCGGAGGAGGAGAAAGGCACAGACCCAUGCGGGCGUCAUGGGCGUGAGGGUGCAAAUGAUCUGGUACUCCCGCCCCCGCAAGUUCGGUCCCGGCUCCCGCUCCUGCCGUGUCUGCGGUAACCACCACGGUCUCAUCCGCAAGUACGGUAUCAACAUGUGCCGUCAGUGCUUCCGGGAGCGCGCUAAGGACAUUGGCUUCCAGAAGCUGGACUAA